UGCGCGCGGCGUACACUCAGUCGGUUGCGCGCCGGUCGAGUGUGUGGACGGGUGGUGGAUCGUUCGGUGUCGGAUCGUUAUCUGGUGGAUUUUUCUUGUUGUGUACACCGGGCGAGGGACCUUUUAUGCGAGUUGCGGGACGGAGCGGUGCCACGGGGUGUCCUUACGCGAAGGUACACCCUUUUUAAGGGCUGUUGGUCCGAUUGACAAAAUGACGACCGAUAUCUCGGUGGUGCGUGGGGGAUGGGACCCCACGUUGCAACAAGAGAUUGUCGACGAGUACGAAUACGAUGGGGGAAACUCGAGUUCGAGACUUUUCGAACGCUCACGUAUCAAGGCGUUAGCUGGUGAGCGUGAAUUAGUGCAGAAGAAGACUUUCCAGAAAUGGGUAAACUCCCACUUGGUUCGAUGUUCGUGCCGGAUCGGCGAUCUCUACGUCGAUCUGCGAGACGGCAAGAUGCUGAUAAGACUCCUGGAGAUCCUGUCGGGCGAGCGCUUACCGCGUCCGACCAAGGGCAAGAUGCGCAUCCAUUGCUUGGAGAACGUGGACAAGGCCCUGCAGUUUCUGCGCGAGCAGAGGGUGCAUCUGGAGAACAUGGGUUCCCACGACAUCGUCGACGGGAAUCCGCGUCUCAGUCUGGGUCUGAUCUGGACGAUCAUCCUGCGCUUCCAGAUCCAGGACAUCACGAUCGAGGAGACGGAUAAUCAGGAGACCAAGUCCGCCAAGGACGCCCUGUUGCUCUGGUGUCAGAUGAAGACCGCUGGUUACCACAACGUGAACGUGAGGAACUUCACCACCUCGUGGCGAGACGGUCUGGCGUUCAACGCGAUCAUUCACAAACACCGUCCGGACCUGAUCCAGUUCGACAAGCUGUCCAAGUCGAACGCGAUCUACAAUCUCAACAAUUCGUUCAACGUCGCGGAGGACAAGCUCGGCCUCACGAAGCUCCUAGACGCCGAGGACAUUUUCGUCGAUCAUCCCGAUGAGAAAUCCAUCAUAACAUACGUCGUCACGUAUUAUCACUACUUCUCGAAGAUGAAGCAGGAGACGGUGCAGGGCAAGAGAAUCGGUAAGGUGGUUGGUAUCGCGAUGGAGAACGAUCGUAUGAUACACGAGUACGAGAGCCUCACCAGCGACCUGUUGCGCUGGAUCGAAGCGACGAUAGAGGCGCUCGGCGAUCGCAGAUUCGCCAAUUCCCUGGUCGGGGUCCAGUCGCAGCUCUCGCAGUUCUCGAAUUAUCGCACCGUCGAGAAACCACCGAAAUUCGUGGAGAAGGGUAACCUCGAGGUGCUGCUCUUCACUCUACAAUCGAAGAUGCGCGCGAACAAUCAGAAGCCUUACACGCCCAAGGAGGGCAAGAUGAUAUCCGAUAUCAACAAGGCCUGGGAGAGGCUGGAAAAGGCGGAGCACGAACGAGAGUUGGCUCUGCGCGAGGAACUGAUCCGGCAGGAGAAGCUGGAGCAACUGGCGGCUAGAUUCAAUCGCAAGGCCAGCAUGCGGGAGACAUGGUUGUCGGAGAAUCAACGACUGGUGUCGCAGGACAACUUCGGCUUUGACCUCGCCGCCGUGGAAGCCGCCGCCAAGAAGCACGAGGCCAUAGAGACCGACAUCUUUGCCUACGAAGAGCGUGUACAGGCUGUCAUGGCGGUCUCCCAGGAGCUCGAAGCGGAGAAUUAUCACGAUAUCGAGCGUAUCAAUGCCCGCAAGGACAAUGUUCUGCGCUUGUGGAACUAUCUUCUGGAGCUCCUACGCGCUAGGCGGAUGCGGCUGGAGCUAUCGCUGCAGCUGCAACAAAACUUCCAAGAGAAGUUGUACAUCCUGGACAGCAUGGAGGAGAUCAAGAUGCGACUGUUGACGGACGAUUACGGGAAGCAUCUGAUGGGCGUGGAGGAUCUGCUGCAGAAGCACUCUCUCGUCGAGGCGGAUAUCAACGUGCUAGGCGAGAGAGUCAAGGCCGUCGUCCAACAGAGCCAGAGAUUCUUGGAGCACGGAGAGGGCUACCGACCUUGCGACCCGGCCAUCAUCGUCGAACGCGUGCAACAGCUGGAGAACGCGUACGCCGAAUUGGUGCGACUUGCGAUCGAACGUCGUACCAGGCUCGAGGAGUCCCGAAAGCUUUGGCAGUUCUACUGGGACAUGGCCGACGAGGAGAAUUGGAUAAAGGAGAAGGAGCAGAUUGUGUCUACGGGCGACAUCGGUCACGAUCUGACGACUAUUAAUCUGCUAUUGUCUAAGCACAAGGCGUUGGAGAACGAAAUACAGUCGCACGAGCCGCAGUUGAUGUCGGUCGCUGCUGUUGGUGACGAACUAGUUCGGCAGCAGCAUUUCGGCUCGGAUCGUAUUCAAGAAAGACUCCAGGAAAUUCUUGGCAUGUGGAAUCAUUUAUUAGAUCUGGCAGCUUUCAGGAGAAAACGACUCGAAGAGGCUGUCGACUAUCACCAGCUCUUCGCGGACGCAGACGACAUCGAUAUUUGGAUGUUGGAUACCUUACGGCUCGUCUCGUCGGAGGACGUCGGUAGGGACGAGGCGAAUGUGCAAUCGUUGCUGAAGAAGCACAAGGACGUGACGGACGAGCUCAAGAAUUACGCCACGACUAUCGAGCAACUUCAUCAGCAGGCGUCCACGUUAGGCGAGCAGGACGCGAAGUCACCGGAAGUCCUGGAAAGACUGACCUCGAUAGAUAACAGGUAUAAAGAGCUCCUGGAGCUAGCUAAAUUGCGUAAGCAAAGACUCCUGGAUGCCCUGUCGUUGUACAAGGUAUUCAGCGAGGCUGACGGAGUCGAGCAAUGGAUCGGCGAGAAGAACAGGAUGCUGGAUACGAUGGUGCCCGCCAAGGACAUCGAGGACGUCGAGAUCAUGAAGCAUCGUUACAACGGCUUCGAGAAGGAGAUGAAUGCAAACGCGUCUCGCGUCGCCGUAGUCAAUCAAUUGGCCAGGCAGCUGCUCCACGUCGAGCACCCGAACUCAGAGCAGAUAAUCGCGCGACAGAACGAGCUCAAUCAGAAGUGGGCCGAGCUGCGCGAGAAGGCGGAGGGUAAACGCGAGGAAUUGAACUCCGCGCACGGCGUGCAGACGUUCCACAUCGAGUGUCGCGAGACCGUUUCGUGGAUCGAGGACAAGAAGCGAAUCCUCCAGCAGACCGAUAGCCUGGAGAUGGAUCUGACCGGCGUGAUGACGUUGCAGCGCAGACUGAGCGGCAUGGAACGCGAUCUGGCGGCUAUUCAGGCCAAGUUAGAUUCCCUGGAGAAGGAAGCGGAAGUGAUACAGAAGGAUCAUCCGGAGGAGGCGGCUAUGAUACGCGACAGAAUCGCGCAGAUCCAUCUGAUUUGGGAGCAGUUGACGCAAAUGUUGAAGGAGCGCGACGCCAAGCUCGAGGAGGCCGGAGAUUUGCACCGGUUCCUGCGUGACCUCGAUCACUUCCAAACGUGGCUUACGAAGACCCAGACCGACGUCGCCAGCGAGGACACGCCGACCAGUCUCGCCGAUGCCGAGAAGCUACUGACGCAGCAUCAGAACAUCAAGGAGGAGAUCGACAAUUAUACCGACGACUAUCAGAAGAUGAUGGAGUACGGCGAGCGACUGACGACGGAAGCCGGAGACGGCGACACGCAGUACAUGUUCUUGAGGGAAAGACUGAACGCGCUGAAGAUGGGCUGGGAAGAGCUGCACCAGAUGUGGGUGAACCGUCAGAAUUUGCUGUCCAAUUCUUUGAAUCUGCAAGUGUUCGAUCGAGACGCGCGUCAGGCGGAGGUGCUCCUGUCACAACAGGAGCACAUCCUCGCCAAGGACGAGACGCCGGCGAACUUCGAGCAAGCGGAGCACAUGAUCAAGCGACACGAAGCUUUCAUGACAACCAUGGACGCCAACGACGAGAAGAUCAAUUCAGUUGUGCAAUUUGCCGGACGUUUGGUCGAUGAGGGGCACUUCGCAGCCGAUAAAGUGAAGAAGAAGGCUGAGAAUAUCAACGAACGUCGCCGGGUCAAUCGCGAGAAGGCUAAUAUACUCAUGGAGAAGCUCAAGGAUCAGCUGCAGUUGCAAAUGUUCCUGCAAGAUUGCGAGGAACUCGGCGAAUGGGUGCAGGAGAAACAUAUCACCGCUCAGGACGAGACGUAUAGAAGCGCGAAGACUAUUCACAGCAAGUGGACUCGUCAUCAGGCCUUCGAGGCGGAGAUCGCGAGCAACAAGGACCGUUUGCAGCAGUUGCAGCAAGCCGCGGACGAGUUGAUUCAACAGAAACCAGACCUGGCCGAGAUUAUCAAACCGAAGGUGACCGAACUGGCGGAUCAAUUCGUGGAGUUGGAGACCACGACUCACGACAAGGGUGAACGAUUGUUCGAUGCGAAUCGCGAGGUGUUGAUACACCAGACCUGCGACGACAUCGACACCUGGAUGAACGAGCUGGAGAAGCAGAUCGAGAGCACUGACACCGGCUCUGAUCUCGCUUCUGUGAACAUACUGAUGCAGAAGCAGCAGAUGAUCGAAACGCAAAUGGCGGUGAAGGCGAAACAGGUCACCGAGCUCGACAAGCAGGCGCAACACUUGCAGCGCACGGUGCCGGACGACAAGAUGGAGGAGAUUAAGUGCAAGAAGGAGAAGGUCGCCCAGAGAUUCGCGCAGCUCAAGGCGCCGCUCAUCGAUCGUCAGCGGCACCUCGAGAAGAAGAAGGAGGCCUUCCAAUUCCGGCGCGACGUCGAGGACGAGAAGCUGUGGAUCGCAGAGAAGAUGCCGCAGGCGACCAGCCCCGAGUACGGAAACUCCUUGUUCAACGUCCAUAUGCUGAAGAAGAAGAAUCAGUCGCUGCGUACGGAGAUCGACAACCACGAACCCAGGAUCAAUCUAGUGUGCAAUAACGGGCAGAAGCUGAUCGACGAGGGACACGAGGACAGUCCCGAGUUCCAGAAGCUGAUAUCCGAAUUAACGGAGAAGUGGCACGAGCUGAAGGACGCGGUCGACGAUAGGAACAGGAAUCUGUUGCAGAACGAGAAGGCGCAGCAGUACUUCUUCGACGCUACCGAAGCCGAGUCGUGGAUGAGCGAGCAGGAGCUGUACAUGAUGGUCGAGGAUCGCGGCAAGGACGAGAUCUCCGCCCAGAAUUUGAUGAAGAAGCACGAGUCUCUGGAACACGCGGUCGAGGAUUACGCGGAGACGAUUCGUCAGCUUGGCGAGACCGCUCGACAGCUGAUCAACGAUCAGCAUCCCUUGGCCGAUCAGAUCGCCGUGAAGCAAUCGCAGGCGGACAAACUUUACGCCGGCCUGAAGGAUCUCGCGGGCGAAAGACGCGCCAAACUGGACGAGGCGCUCCAAUUGUUCAUGCUGAACCGCGAGGUCGACGAUCUCGAGCAGUGGAUUCAGGAACGCGAACUGGUCGCCGGCAGUCACGAAUUAGGUCAGGAUUACGACCACGUGACCCUGUUGUGGGAGAGAUUCAAGGAGUUCGCGCGCGACACUGAAGCGAUCGGCUCCGAGAGGGUGGAAGCCGUGAACGGAAUCGCCGAUUCUCUGAUCGCCACAGGACACUCGGACGCGGCGACGAUUGCCGAAUGGAAGGACGGCUUGAACGAGGUCUGGCAGGAUCUGCUGGAGUUGAUUGAGACGCGUACGCAAAUGCUGGUGGCCAGUCGCGAGCUUCACAAGUUCUUCCACGACUGCAAAGACGUUCUCGGCAGAAUCCUGGAGAAGCAGAACGCCAUGUCCGACGAACUGGGUCGCGAUGCCGGCUCGGUGUCCGCUCUCCAACGUAAGCACACCAACUUCAUCCAGGAUCUGUCCACGUUGCAGAGCCAGGUGACGCAGAUCGAGGAGGAGUCUGCGAAACUUCAAGCGAGUUACGCCGGCGACAAGGCGCGAGAGAUCACGAAUCGCGAGGCGGAAGUUGUGGCGGCGUGGAACAACCUGCAGUCACUGUGCGAGGGCAGACGUACCAAGCUGGAGGACACCGGCGAUCUCUUCAGAUUCUUCAACAUGGUCAGGACCCUGAUGAUCUGGAUGGAUGACGUUGUGCGUCAAAUGAACACGUCCGAGAAGCCGCGCGACGUCGCCGGCGUCGAAUUACUGAUGAACAACCAUCAGAGCUUGAAGGCGGAGAUCGACGCCAGGGAGGACAACCUGAUGGCGUGCAUCAAUCUCGGGAAGGACCUGCUAGCCAGGAAUCACUAUGCUAGCGUGCAGAUAAAGGAGAAACUGGCGGCGUUGACCGAUCACAGGAACGCGCUUUUACAUCGAUGGGAGGAACGUUGGGAAAAUUUGCAGCUCAUUUUGGAAGUCUAUCAGUUCGCUCGAGAUGCAGCGGUCGCUGAAGCCUGGUUAAUCGCUCAAGAACCAUACCUUAUGAGCCAGGAGCUCGGUCAUACUAUCGACGAGGUUGAAAAUUUGAUCAAGAAGCAUGAAGCUUUUGAAAAAUCGGCAGCUGCACAAGAAGAAAGAUUUAGUGCCUUGCACCGACUUACCACUUUCGAACUGAAAGAGCUAAAACGACGGGAGCAAGAGAGGGAAGAAGAGGAAAGACGCAAGAAGGAAGAGGCGGCAGCAGCGGAGGCCGCACGUUUGGCCAAGGCAACACCUGUAACUAGUCCGGACGAACCACCCAGUGAAAGAGCCGAAACUGAUGGAGCAACCAGCGGAGAACGCGGUGAAGACGAGGGACACGUGGCACAUCGCAAGGCUUCUACACGUACACCACAGCCUCAGGACAAACCCAAGGAAGUGCAUGCACAAAAACCUAGACAACUGUCUUUCCGGGAUGGAGAAGGGAUCCCUGUCGCGCCGACCUCUGCGAAAACUCCGCCGCAUGGUAUUCCUCGCACACCGACAACUCCAAAAGGAAGCGGCUCCGAGUCUUUAAGGCGUAAGGAACGAAGUCGCAGCAAGUCGCCGUUUAGGAGCUUCCGCUGGAGAAAAUCCGCCAAGUCGCCGAGUUUAGAUCGCAGUGGCGUGAGUGACGAUGAACGUAGUAUCCCCGAGGCGCGAAGUCCGAGCGACGACGAAUUCGAGGGACCCUUACAGCGGAAGCACGAAUGGGAGAGUACGACGAAGAAGGCAUCCAAUCGCUCCUGGGACAAGGUGUACAUGGUCGUACGCGGGCAGAGCCUGUGUGUAUAUAAGGAUCAGAAGUCGUACAAGGCUUCGCCUGAUCAGUCGUACAAAGGAGAAGCUCCCCUUGACUUACGAGGCGCAACUAUUACCGUAGCGAGUGAUUACACUAAGAAGAAACAUGUCUUCCGAGUCAAGUCGCAAAGCGGAUCCGACUUCCUGUUCCAGGCCAAAGACGACACCGAGAUGAACGACUGGGUGUCCGUGUUAAAUCAAGCGGCGCAGGGAACAUCAGGUGCAAGUACGUCCAGAGCUCACACUCUACCCGCCCCGACACAAGCCGAAACUAAGCGGCGUAGUUUCUUCACUCUCAAGAAAAACUAAACUGGAGCAGUGAAGUUCGGUAUAAGCCGUUCGUAAUGCGUCUCAGCACAACAUCGCGUUUAUGAAAAAAUGUUUCGUCGCUCUACAUGGUUAAAGCAACGCUAAUAUUAAAUUAGAAGACAUGAUCACACACACACAUACCACACACGAUGGUGUUAUGAAAUGAAUUGAAGGACGAAUUGAAAAUGGGAUCUUUGACAAAAAGAAAGAAAAAAAGAAAAAAAACGCCUACGUUCGACGGAAUGGAGAAUAUUUAACGGUUAUAUAUGUUGAUAUAUUUACAAGUGUAGGCUAUUGAAAGUCUAAUUAAAAAAUUUAGUUCUUCAAUGAAUUUUGGACACUUUGCAAUAUUGCUAGUUGAAGAACAAGCGACAUUUAAAUGUCCCAUGUUAGCGUGAUCAGACUUGACACGGGAUUUAAUUCUAUAAUAUAAUAUACAUAUAUAUAUAUACACACGUAAUUCGUAUUUACAUGUUUUAUUGUCAUUGUCAUGCAUAAUAUCAUUUUCUUGUCAUUCAAUGUAACCGAUAACAUCUUUAUGGUACAAAUUACUUUGAAUUUCUAUAAUUCAGCAGUUUUUCUUAAGAAAACGUGUUUAUUUGACAGAGAAGACAAGCUUAAUUCAUCGAAUCCGCAAGGAAUGUAGAUUACAGAGGAAACAUAUAUACCUAUUGUAUUAAUCACGGGGCUUAUGAUGAUUUAUAAUUAAUUUACGCGAUGAGCACAGAGAUUUUUGUGAUGAGUAAUUUUUAACAUUUUGACGCAUUUUAUUGCAUUUCAUACAGAUUCUCGUAUUGAUAUAUAAAAUAUAAGAGAUACGAUCUCUCCAACAAUAAACGCGAGAACGAGAAAUGAUUCCAGCCGUGUUGAUUGCUUAGGAUAUAUCGCUUUCAUUAUCAUUAUAUUAUUGCAUUGCAGUAUUUUGACUUUUUUUUCCCCUGCAAACGUGUAUGUUUGCGUUUGAAUGACUGCCAUAUAUUUUAAGAGCCACACUAACUUGGGACAUAAUAUUAUAUAAACUAGCUUUUAAUAAAUUGUUAAAUAUGCAGCGUCCUAAGGGAAAAAUCGCAUUGAAGAAUUAUAAAGAAAAUAUAAUAACUAACAAGAGAGUUUCCCCCUCCCUCCCGAAGAAACCUUUCCCUAAAUAUUCCUAAAUAUCAUAAUUCUUGUAGAAUUCAUUGGAAGGGAUAUAUUUAAAAAUUUCUAAACUCGUGCAAAUGAUACAGUUUGUAUUAAGUGAGCGCUUACGGUAAAUUAUUGUAGCCGUAAAUUAUUAUUAUUAUUAUAUCAUUGUCGCAAAUCACUGUAUCUCACUUGAUUCCAACUUGACAUUUGGCGUGAUAUAUUAUACGGAAUCAUAAUAUUAUUAUCUCUUUUGUAAUUGUUAAUUUUUUUAAUAUUUAUCGUAUUCAUCUUGUUUUUUCUUUUAUAGAAUAUAUAAUUUCCUCUAUCGCAAGAUGUUUUAACAACUUUUUUGUGCUCCGAAACUUUUCAUCAUUAUAAUCUGGAAAUUAUAAUGAUUUUUACAAGAUAUUAUAUUGAACGACAUUUCAUUUGUUUUCCAAAUCAAUGCGACUCGGCCGACUUGUGUUAAAAUAUUUUUCGAGUAUUUUAAGUUUGUAAUUGCGUUUCUUCAGCCAAGCUUGUACGCCCAGAAAUUUGUAUAUAUACGGAGCUGUAUACGCAUCUACUAUUAUGUCCGCGUAAAUAAAUUCUAAUCAAAAUGAUAUCGUAAACACGAGAUUCGCUUUUAUAAUUUUAUGCAUGCGCAUUUAGCGAGAAAAAAAAACAUAUUUGAAUAUAUAAGAGUCGCAUUGCUAAACGAUACAACAUUUGGUAUGUCAUAGCUAUGUGUUUUAUAUAUAAAUAUAUCUAUAAAUAUAUAAAUACAGAGAAUGAUGAAGAACAUUAAAUUAUAAGAAACAAAAAUUAUGAUAUAAUAGAUGAUAUAGAUAUAAUAAUUGUCGAAUUUACAUGGUGGCUCUUUUCGUUUUCAAACGUCCUUCCUUCAUAUAUCUGUAUAUGUAUUGUAUCCUCGAUAAGAAAAUCCUCGAUAAGGAUAUCGUAUUGUCGAUGAUUCAUGUCAGCGAGAUUAUACAAUUUUUGAUUUUUUUUUAGAAAAUUGAAAAUACAUCUGAUCAUAAGAACGUUUUAAUACGAAAAGAACUUGCAUGUGUAUCAUUAAAUAUCGCUUAAAUUAAUACAUUUGGUUGUAAUUUUUCGGAUUGCUACUUCUCGAUACGUUAGAACGCAGAUACUUGGCACAGUAUUUCUCUCUUUAGCGAGAAAAAACAAUUUUUCCUUUAUAUCUAACACUGUAUUAAGAGAGUAUAAUUCGCUCUAUUUAAUUCCAUCUUUCCUUGGAACAAAAACAAAACGAAUCAAUACUCACACUUCCUUAUCACGCACGAGAUAAGAAUUACACGGCAAUGUAAUUGUGUACGCAUUAAUUACUUUACUUUCAAACUUCAUUAAGAUCAACUUGUAAUUUUUUAAUGUGCCUUUUUAUAGCUUCGUUGAGAAAUAAAAUGCGAUAUAUAUAUACAUGAAA